GUUUCCUAAUAACCUUGUUGCAACUGUCCAUGAUAAUCGCUCUUGAACCUGACUUAGGGGAGUACAUAGAGUUUUUGAUAAUUGCUGGGUGGUUGGGCUUUGCUAGGUUACACCUAGGAAAAUGACUUGUGGCAACGUUUUAAGUAUUAUACUAGUUUUUGGUGUAUAUUUAGGAUCAUGUUCAAUUUAUGAGAAUUUGAAAUAUUUUGAUACUCUUCAUUCAUCAGAAUUAAGGCAUCAUAUUGUCAAACGAGGACUAAAAGAAAGUUCCCACCCAUUUAAUAAAAUUAAAGAAGUGCAUUUUAAAACGCUCGGAAGGGAUUUUCGGCUUAUCUUAACUCCCAGGAAAGGUGUCCUUCACUCUAAUUUUCAAGCUUAUAGUGUUGAUGGUGAUGGCAAAGAAAAGCCAGUAGCGAUUGAUCAUGAAGAUUUUUAUGAAGGUCGAAUGUUUGGAGAGAAGUGGUCUCAUGCUAGUGUUCACCUUGAUGAUGGUGUUAUGACAGCUACCAUUAGUUUACCAGAUGAAACAUAUCAUAUAGAGCCGUCAUGGAGACAUUUACCUGAAUUGGGUAAUGAAUCAAUGGUGGCUUACAGAGAAUCUGAUGUAAGAUUAAGCUGGCAUGGUUCUAAUGGUCCAUGUGCAUAUGCCAAAGAAGGACCUCAUUGGAAUGACACUGAGAGUGAUGAUGAAGAAUUUGAAGAUUUUAAAGUAGCAUCCAGCCAAGAAAACAGAGUCAAAAGACAAGCAGAGUAUGAAUAUACACCAACUAAGACUCGUUGCCCCCUACUUCUUGUUGCAGAUUAUAGAUUUUACCAAGAGAUGGGCGGUAGCAAUACUAAAACUACUAUAAAUUACUUGAUCAGUUUGAUAGAUCGUGUACAUAAAAUCUAUAAUGACACGACAUGGCAGGAUAGAGCUGAAAGUGAAGGAUUUAAAGGAAUGGGAUUCGUCAUUAAGAAGAUAGUUGUACAUUCUGAACCAACGAGGGUUCGUGGAGGGGAAGCACAUUACAAUAUGAUCAGAGAUAAAUGGGAUGUUAGAAAUCUUCUUGAGGUGUUUUCGCGGGAUAAGUCAGGUAAGGAGCACUGUCUCUCACACCUGUUCACUCAUCAAACUUUCCGCUCGGCCGACACAGGAUUUUCAACAGUUCUUGGGCUUGCCUACAUAGCCUCGCCAAGGGCCAGGUCUCCAGGUGGAAUCUGCUCAGAUGAAUACUUUAAGAAUGGAUAUACACUUUACCUCAAUUCUGGUCUGAGCUCUUCUCGAAACCACUAUGGACAGAGAGUUAUUACCAGAGAAGCUGACCUAGUGACUGCACAUGAGUUUGGACACAACUGGGGCUCAGAACAUGAUCCAGAUAUGCCUGAGUGCUCUCCGCCAGCAAGUCAGGGAGGUUCUUAUCUCAUGUACACUUACAGUGUUAGCGGUUAUGAUGUCAACAACAAGAGAUUUUCUCCUUGUAGCUUAAGAUCUAUCAGGAAAGUGCUUCAGGCAAAAUCUGGAAGAUGCUUUUCAGAGCCUGAAGAAUCUUUUUGUGGCAACCUGCGUGUUGAGGGAGAUGAAGAAUGUGAUGCUGGUUUGCUUGGAACAGAAGAUAAUGAUGCAUGCUGUGAUAAAGUAUGCAAAUUACGUCGAAACCAGGGAGCAGUAUGCAGCGAUAAGAAUUCUCCCUGCUGCCAAAACUGUAGAUUUAUGGCAUAUGGAAUAAAGUGUAGAGAAGCUCAGUAUUCAACGUGCGAACAGGAAGCCGUCUGUUCUGGUACUGCAUCUGACUGUCCUAAAUCUGCGUCCAUGAAAGAUGGCACAGAAUGUCUUGAAAAAGGGAAGUGUACAAAUGGCAAGUGUGUUCCCUACUGUGAAACUAAAGGACUUCAAAGCUGUAUGUGCGACACACCGCCUGAAAAUGCAUGCAAACGUUGCUGCAGAAUGAACCUGAAUGCCACUUGUUUCCCAGUGCAGCCAGCAGAUAUUCUUCCUGAUGGAACUCCUUGCAUUCAUGGAUUCUGCAAUCAUGGUGUGUGUGAAAAAACCAUACAGGAUGUCGUUGAACGUUUCUGGGACAUCAUUGAAGACAUAAACAUUAACAAAGUUCUCGUCAUUUUGAGAGAUAAUGUUGUUGGAGCAGUUAUAAUAGUUACAUCAUUGAUCUGGAUCCCAGCCAGCUGCCUCAUAAAUUAUAUUGAUAGGAAAAGGCUGCGAGAAGAAGAGGAAGCACGAGGUAGCAGAAGCCGGUCGCGCGACCUGUGGAACGACACCAGCAAGCAGUUCAUCCCCAUUAAAGUUCUCGCGAGGCAGCAACAAGCAGCUUUAUAACAGGACCUGAUAACGAGGCUGUAGCUGCCCUCGGUUGGAAUCUCUGUUCAACUCAAAGCUACUCAUUAUUACUGAAUUCUCUUCUGUUUUGUUUACCGAGGAUAGAGAACAACUUUCAUGUGAAUUAGUUCUGUUUUAUUGUUUUAAAUGACCUGAGAUUAAUUUAAAUCAUGUAAGAGUAUGGAUUUGUAUAUAAUUAAUUCAUUUUCAUCCUUACCAUAUGAUAUUGUUUCAGAGGAAUUUUAGUUUGGUUAGUUCGAAAAUUGAUAUUUAUUGUUUCAAUUGUUGUAAUUGUUCUAGAAGUAGUGUGUUAGGUUUAAUUCAGUCGAGACUGCUCGGUUUUGUAAGAAGUUGGACAUAAGGACCAAAAGGUUUGGCAUCUAAGAUUUUCCUGGAAACCAGGCACCUUGGUAGUAAUCCUCUUUUCUCUUUCUGUUUUCUUUCUCCAUUUCAAGUCUGUUGUUACACAAGACUCCAUAAUAACUUUAUCAACAAAAUAUAUUUAUAAGGUGAUUAUACAUUGAGUAGAUUAUUUAUUUGAUCAUAUCUCGUCUCUCACGUGUUAAACAUUUCAUUGUUAUAAUUUUCUAUAUUUACCAUUAACAUGAAAUUGAUAUACAAUUUAGUGUAUUAUCAUCGACUUGGGCUUAUCAAUUUAUUAAUUUCAUUUAAAAUUAAAAUAAGAUGAAUCAGUUAUAAAAGAAUAAAAUUUAAAACAAAUGUCAUCAAACAACUUUACAGGAACUACAAUGAGCUCUUCAUGAAUGUUCAUCUUAUUUCUUAUCAGACAAUAAAUAAAAAAAGUAAUGUAAAAAAAGAAGAAAUUUUGAUUUCUUUUUUAUUUUAUUUUUAGCAGAUUUGUUCAUUGAAUAUUAUUUUCAGGCAAAGUACGUCUUCAUGUCUUUUUGUUUGUUUAUUAAAUUUCUGGAAAUUAUUGAUUAAAAAAUGAUUAACCUAUUAUUAAAUUUCUUUGUUCUCUUCUGUGGUGGACCGUAAGCUUUGGGUGAAGUCAUUUUAACAUCAUCGUUAAUCCUCUGACUGUUGUAAUUAUUUUUAAUACCUAGUUUGGUAUAUAUUCAUUUUUUAAAUUUUGUUAUAGCGGCUAGUUGGGAAUAUCUGUAUAUACACUUGAUCUAUUGUUACAAUUGUUGUGAGAGGUUUUAUUAUUACUGGAUUUAUUACUUAUUUUGUUCGAUUCCAUUUUUCACAAGAAGGGUGUAUUGGAAUUCAUUUUCUUAGUUAAAUUAAUUUCUGAUGAAACAUUUUACUUUUAAAAAUUUUUAAUAUCAAUUCUAACUUGUAAUUCAAAAAUUUAGAAUUGAAACAGAAAUUUUGGAAUCUGUGUUAUUAAUCAUAUUGAAAUGUUUUUAAAUCCAGUAUUAAUCAACUUAAUUAAUCCUGUUUUUAUAUUUGUACAAAUCUUCUGACGUACCGUUCCGAUAUGUAUAUUUGAAUGAUGCAAUUUAAAUAUUUAUAUUUUAGUACCUCCAACUAUAUAAAAUACAUGUUUUGCCUCUUAGAAUUUAAAUGUUAAAUAAACCAAGAUAGCAGAAAGUUAUAUUUAAAUAAAUAGUCAUUUUUAAUAUAAAAUAAAAUAUGAUAGGGUAAACCAAAUAUUUAUCGACAAACUUAUUUGUAAUUGAAAAAUUACAAUUAAAUUUCUAUGAAUAGAUGGUAUAAAUAAUUUGUUUACUCUAUGUUUGUCUAGUUAUAGAACAACAUAUAUUUUUGGUCUUUUAUAGAUUAAAUUAGAAGGUAUUUCAAAUUCCAGAAGGUAUUUUUUUACAAUCAGUAUUAUUUACAGGUAUUUAUUCACACUAAAUAUUAUUUUGAUGGUAUUGGUUCAUCCUCAUUAAACAUUAACUAUUACUGAUUUCUGCUGUUCAAAAAAAAAUUUUUUUUUCUGUUGGUAUAUCCUUAGUCCAGAUUAUUUAUUUUGAAGAUAUUAAAAGCUCAGGGUAUUGUAUAAUUCUUUAUUAUUGACAUAAAGAAAAAAUGUUUGGCUUACUGUUAUGAUUGGUUGACUCCGGAUCUUUGAAAUAAAUACUUUUUAUUAUCAAUGCUUUUAUUAACUGAGAAAACCAAUGUUGUUUAGGUUGUCUUUAGGAUACACACCUUUACCUUAGACAAUGAUUGAUAACUGAUCUGAGGAAGGGUGGGGAAACAGGAAUAGAUUGGAAGAAUGGAGGAGUGAGAGAACAGGAAUAGAAGGAAGAAUAGGGUAGUAGGGGUUGCCGUUAUCAACUGAGCAAGCCAUAUACUGUUGUUUCUGUUGUCUUUAGGAUACACAUCUAUACCUCGGACAAUUAUUGAUGGCCGAACUGAGGAAGGGUGGGGGAACAGGAAUAGAUCGGAAGAAUGGAGGAGUGGAGAAACAGGAAUAGGGGAGUAGGGGUUGCCUUUAUUAACUGAGCAAGCCAUAUCGCUACUGUUAAUGCAUAAGGUCGUUUGUAAAAAUUGAGUUUUUUAACUCAACUGAUUAUUUCUUUAUGAUUGGUAAGUACAAUUGAAUAUUUCAUUUUCCAUAGUUGCAGACCACAAAAUGUCAUCUUUAACGCAAAUUGAAUUAACAUAGAAAAUUGUUGCAUACGACCUUUUUUGCACUAACAGUAGCGAAAUACUGUUUCUGUUGUCUUUAGGAUACACUCCUAUACCUUGGACAAUUAUUGAUGGCCGAACUGAGGAAGGGUGGGGUUGGCCUUUAUUAACAUUGUUAUUUCUGUUGUUUUAAGGACGUGAUUAUAUGUAUAGUUCAUAAAGCACAUUAAAUAGUUUUAAUCUGAUCUGGAUAAAUUUAUUUUGAUAUGAAUAAAUUUUCUUUAUUCAUAAUUUGUGAAUAAUACUGGGUAGCUCUACAACCGAACUGGUCCUUGGGUUCUCUGACAAACUUUCUCCAUUCUUUCCUGUCUCAGACUCUCUCUCUCUCCACCUGGCUACUCCCAUGACCACACCAUGCAGCAAUCUGCACGGCAUCCUGUCAUCUGACAUCCCUUUUACAUGGCACAUUGUAUGUUGGUAUAGUGAGUAGAGCUCAUGGUUUGUACUCCAUAUUGUUUUCUAAGGAUCUUUCACUCAAAUACUUUCAGACUCUUUGUCAUCUCAACAUGGAAUAGGUUUCAGCACCAUAGGUUAAAACAUUCCUUAUCAAUGUUCAAACUAAUUAUUAGCCUGGUUUUAGUGAUCUGCGACAGAUGUGAGGGUUUAAAAAAUCUCAUGUUGGCACUGUUACUUCCCAUUAGCGGCCAUUAGUUUUCUGUUUACUUUAUUAAUUAUGCUGCUUUCAUUAUUCAGUUCGGACCCGAGGAAUGAAGCAGUUUAUACUCUCAAAAUUAUAUCUGUCGAAAGUUAGAGGAGCAUUGUUCUGGUCUGGUCAGAUAUUUGAUCUAUGAAUUCUGAGUAGAAAAAUUUAUUCUUUAUUCCGUGUUUUGAAAAUCAUAAAUGUUUUUUUUCAUAUAUAUCAUUUGUUAUUAUUAAGAAUUUAAUAUGACGUUUCAGGCAUAAAGAAAUAUUCAUUAGAAAUAAUUUUAUUUGAAAAUAAAUAUUUAUUACCCCAAAACGAUUAAAAAAUAUUUUUUAAAUAAAUAAUUUUAUUUUAAUAAUUAUUUAUUACAUGACAUUAUAAAUAAACAAUAGUUAUUUCUAGGUGAUAAUUUUUUAAUAUUUCAAUCGAAUAUUCUUAUUUCUAUGUCUCGUUUAAGUCUAUAAAAAAAAUAUAUUUAAAUUAAUAAUAUCAAAAAAUUAUUCAUUAACCUGUUAAGUGGGAAAUUCCCUUUUUAAUUAAGCAGCAUAUAAUGGGCGCAAACUUUUUCACUAGAACGUGUCAGUACCCUAACCACUCCCGGAGGACUCAAUUUCAUAUUAUAUAUUUUUUUACUUAUGCUUAAAAUAAAUGAAAAAACAAAUUUUUUUUGCCUAAUACCUCUGUUCUUCGAAAUUAUAGGUCCUUCCCGUUCCAGGACGCAACAUAUAUUUCAAGGAAGUAUUUAUACGUCCCGCCCGGUUAAUAGGUUAAUGAAUACAUUUUAACAUCCAAUAUUGUCCAAUUAUUGGAUUAGUUUUUAACUAAUCCCAAACAUUUAUUCUGAAACGGUGUUUCUUAAAAAAAUAAUUCUCUGUUAUAGUAGAUUGUAAUUAAUAAAAACUAACAUCCUUGAAUGCUUUUUAAAUUAAGUAACCAUGUAUUAUCCCUAAUACUCAUAUUUUUCAAGUUUUAUAUAUUAAUUAUUUUUUUAUACAUUUUCAGUGAUUAUUUAGAUUACAAUAGAGAAAAUAUUAGCACUGUAUUAGGAGAUUACCAAAAAUUCUUUUUAGACUGUUAGAUGUUUGUUAUAAUCAAUUCAAAUAAUUGAUUAUUAUAUUUACCUAAUAUAAUAAUUUUACUAUAUGUAAGUAAAUGUAAAUAAAAUUUAUAGUUGGUCCAUUUUGUACAUAAAUCAUCUCCUUUGUUAACUUAUGUGAAAUUUUAAUUUACUUUGUUUGAAUAUUAUGCUUGAUAUCUGUUGUAUGUCAGGUAAAUUAUUUCUUUUAUAUGGUGUUUUAGAAUAUUUUUUAAAGUAAAAAUAAAUAAAAUUUCUAAUGUCAUUUUCUAGUCCUGAUACUCAGUUAAACUAAUUAUUAAGAUAAACAUCAUUCCUAUUUUUGAAGUGAAAUUCAUUUAUAAUAAAUUUUAAAUAUUUGUAAUGACAUUUUCAUUUAAGUAUACUUAAUCACAUAUGAUAGUAUUCAUAAGUUUGUUUGCAUAUUUUUCAUAUAUUAGCUAUCAUUAUUUAAUUUUAUAUUUGCAUAUAUAACUAUGGUAUACUGCUAUAAUAUUUCUAAAUCUUUAUGUAUCUUAAGAGUAGUGAAAUGUAUAUUAGACAUAAUAUGGAUAUUAUAUUAUACUGUAUAUAAUCAAGAAUUUUAUACGAGUAUACUAUUCAUUAAUUGUAUGUUAUAUAUUUAACUUUAAUUAUAAGAAAUAUAUGCUCCUGUUUACAUUUUUUUUUUAGUUAAUUGCUACAAUAUAGUUCUGCUUCAUUGGUCACCUUAUCACAUAGAUAAAGGUGUUUCUUCUUUUUGUUAAUGUUCCCUAUGCAACUCAUAUUAGAUUCAAGUGGUGAAAAAUAAUUGUAAUGUGAUUGAAAUAUGAGAUUACAUUGACAAGAAUAUUUGUUUCUUCUCUGUUAUUUUGUAAUAUGUGACUAUGAAGAUAUUUUUUAAUAAUCAGGCUUGUGAAUAAUAAUAAUAUGAUUUAUAAUUUAUAAACUAGUACUAAUUUAUUAAGUGACAGAAUAUAUUAUUACAAGUAAAGGAUCAUAUCAUAAAAAUGUAUAUUUUUCAAUAUUAUUUUUUUUUAAAUUAAUACUUUUUACUUUUAAACAUUACUAUGAAUAGAUAAUAAUCAUAAAAUGUUUCUUAGAAGUUUUGUAGUAAUUUUAAAAUAUUAAUAGUUCUUUGUUGAUAGAACUCUAUUUUGCCAAGUUAAUAUGUUUCCAGCAAUUAUUGAAUAAUUUUCUUUUUUUUUACUUUAUCAAGUAGUACUACUGCAUUGGAAACUAGUUUGUCAUAUAACUAGAAUACUGCUAAGGAUUAAGAAAUGUUUAUUGACAGUAUGUCAAUAUUUUUUUCAAAAAUAGGAAUUCUUUGAAAUAUUGCUUAUGCAAGGUGAUUUGUUGCCCACUGAUCAUUGUUUGAAUUUUCAGGAUAACAAUUUCAAUAUUGCAGGAAUCAUUAGCAUUGGUUUUGAAAGACUAUUAAAUUGGUAAAAACAGUAAUUUUCCUGGACAAAGCUAUCUAAUGUCAACGACUUGUAGAUUAAGUAAUACUGCCAACAUGUAUAAAACCUUUUUUACAGGCAAUGAAAAUUGCAAAAAAUUUUGUAAUAUUUAAAGUGAUCUAGUUUUUAAGAAAGAGAUCUCUUAUUUUUUAAUAAUUGUAAAAAAAUAAGGCUUAUUAUGAUCAUUGAUACACUAAUCUUGUUUUUUAAUCUACCAUUGUUUGUAAAUAUCAAAAUUAGUUAUGUUUUAACCAUUGAGAGUCUAUAAAUAAAUAAAUUGAAAACAAUUUUUUUUUUUUACUUUUUUCUCCGUCGUUUUAAUAAUUGGUCAAAAAUACUUACCCUUAGAAUUUUUGUAAUGAUCAGAAAUGUAUUAUCAUUGGGAUGGACAGAAGUAAUUAGCUAAUUCCAAUUUUUUUUUUAAAUUUUCAUUGAACCUCUUUCGAUAUUAUUGAAGGAGUGCCAAUAUUGUGUGUCUAAAGAGUUUAUUGCAGAAUAUUACAACUUAUAUUGGAAAUUGCUUAGUUUUUUUAGCUUAUAAUAUAGAUAUGUAUAUUGAAUAUACAGGGUAUGCCAUAAUGGAUGAUAGCAGACUUUAAGAGCUACUAAAAAGUUUUUAUAAAUAAUAGUCUAAUGUUCCACAAUAAAGUAGGAAAUUUAAGUUUUGUAUAUUUAAGCAAGUCACGUUUUUGUUGAAUCAGAAGCUAUUACUAUAAAACUGUUUAAUUGAAGCAAUUAAACUAGACAAAAUUUACUUUAAAUGCAAGUAAAGUUUGUCUUCAUUAAAUUAAUUUAUAAGAGAUUUUUAUGUGGCUAAACUAUGCUUUGUUCUGUUUUUCAUAAUAUAGUCAUUGAUUAUGUGCAA